AUGGAUGGUGAUGACGAAGAUGACGAUCAACCACGUCGAAAAACGCGCUCUUCCAGCAAACGCAGUUCCAUCAAUGACGACAUAAUAAGUAAUCGUCGUGUCCUUCGUAAUAGGAACAAGAACCCCCCACCCCCUCCUACAACUUCUAGUGGACGUGUCACUCGUCAACCCAAGCGCUAUGAACCCAGUAACAACCCUCCCAAGAGAUUGACGCGUGCUCAAAGUAAAGCCGCUGCUGAAAUGGAUGAUGGCUAUAUCGACGAGCCAUCGGAUGGCUCAGCCGAUGCAGAUGGCUCCCUUGAUGACGCACCACGCACAUCCUCGGAUAACGACCUCGAUGCCGAAGGUGAAGUGGAUUUGGAUGGCGAGGUUGAACAUGAUCUUCGGGAGCUGCAGGAGAAUGGCCGACCGUACUCACUACGACAACGUGCCAAAAUAAACUAUGCCAUCCCACCAGCGCUGGAGGAGAUGAAACAAGCCAAACCGCGUCCGGCUGGUGGUCGAGGUGGGGGUAAUCGAAGGCGUGGACCAGGAUGGAGUGCCUCUGGUGCUGAACUGAGCAGGUGGAUGGGCAUGGCCCCAGCUGAUGACUCGGAUUCCGACUUCCCAACUCGAACACCCCGUAAACCUUUUGGGGGUGCCGGUGUUUUUGGUGCCGGAGGCCCUGUCUCCGCGGGUGGCGCUGGUUUACUGCCAGGCGACCUUGCUGCUGCUGCUGCUGCUGGCACCCCGUCGAACCUGGGUAAAAUUGGUGAUGCAGCAUUGGCUGACGCAGACCCAUUGGGAGUAAACACCAACGUUACCUUCGAUGAAGUUGGAGGCUUGGAUGAUCAUAUCCAUUCUUUGAAGGAAAUGACACUCCUUCCACUACUGUACCCAGAAGUCUUCCAGCGAUUCAAUCUAACGCCUCCUCGUGGAGUCCUAUUCCAUGGUCCUCCUGGUACAGGAAAAACGCUCCUCGCCCGUGCUCUUGCCGCGAGCUGUCGGGCUAAUGGCAAGGGAGUCUCCUUCUUCAUGCGCAAGGGUGCCGACUGCCUGUCAAAAUGGGUUGGUGAGGCUGAACGUCAGCUGCGUCUCCUGUUCGAGGAAGCACGCAAUUGCCAACCGAGUAUCAUCUUCUUUGAUGAAAUUGAUGGAUUGGCACCCGUCCGGUCAUCGAAGCAAGAUCAGAUCCACGCUUCGAUUGUUUCAACGCUUCUAGCGCUGAUGGAUGGUAUGGACGGACGUGGCCAGGUGAUUGUCAUAGGCGCCACCAACCGUCCAGAUGCCAUCGACCCUGCUCUCCGAAGACCUGGCCGAUUCGACAGGGAAUUUUAUUUUCCCCUUCCAUCUCUCGAGGCUCGUGAACGUAUACUGACGAUCAUGACAAAGGACUGGGAGGGCUGGAAGGACGGGGACGGUGCUGAGAAUAUCAAGGGACUUGCAAAGUUCACCAAGGGCUAUGGUGGUGCUGAUCUUCGGGCCUUAUGCACCGAGGCGGCUUUGAACGCUAUUCAGCGGCGAUAUCCUCAGAUAUACCAGUCCAGUGACCGGCUGCUGCUUAAGCCCGAAACCAUCGGCGUAACAUUCAGGGACUUCAUGAUCUCCAUCAAAAAGUUUGUCCCGUCAUCCGCACGCUCGUCGUCCUCAUCUGCUUCACCUCUCCCGACUCAGCUUGUUCCUUUGCUUUCGGACACCUUAGAGAGGGUGAAAGAUGCUAUUAACAGGGUUCUUCCUGUUAGCAAAAAGCGCACUGCUUUGGAAGAAGCUAUGUGGGAAGAGGACAGUGAGGCAAAUGCCCUUGAUAGAGAACUGUUCAUCCAAUCUAUGGAGACCUUGCGGGUUUACCGACCACGGCUGGUACUCCAUGGGCCUGCUGGUAUGGGACAAGGCUAUUUAGGAGCCGCCGCCCUCCAUCAUUUGGAGGGAUAUCAUGUUCAGACUCUCGAUCUGGGGACACUUAUGGGGGACUCAACACGGACUGUGGAAGCCGCUGUGGUUCAACUAUUCGUCGAGGCUAAAAGACACCAGCCCUCGGUUAUCUACCUUCCUUCUCUCGAUGGAUGGUCAGCAGCGGUUUCCGAGACUGCACGAUCCACUGUUAGAUCUAUGCUUGAUUCGCUUGCGCCUACGGAUCCCGUCCUCGUACUUGCCAUUGUAGACGGUCCAUUUUCCUCACUACCCCAUGACGUCCGUUCAUGGUUCGGUAUGAUCCGCGAGAAUCGCCUCACACUACCAAGUCCCACUGAAGCUCAGCGAGAAGCCUUCUUCUCGAGUAUUAUCGCUGACAUCCGUCGACCGCCGAAUCAGUUCGCGGAUGGUAUCAAGCGCCGAAAACGAAUUCUUGAGGAGCUACCGAUUGCGCCACCGCUUGAGCCCCGUCAGCCGACCGCUACUGAACUUGCUGUUCAGGAAGAGAGUGACCAGCGUGUCAUUACAUUAUUGAAGUAUCGUCUCGGCCCUAUACUAACAGAGCUGAAACGCAAAUUCAAACGAUUUACCAAGAAAGCUAGGGAGGAGUAUGACUUCGAUCCAAUUCCUGUGGUCAACGAAGUGGAAAUUAUUGCUACUACCACUACCGUAACCAUGCAAGCCGAAAAUGAUGUCAUCGACGUUUGUGAGCAGGUCACCCAGGAGCAGUCAAACGGCAUCGUCAAUGGCGUCCACCCUGAUCCUCAACCAAUUGAGCACCCGGCGCCGCCACAGCCACAAGAGCCACAACUAUUCGACAUGGACCUCGAGAGGAUGCACGUUGACCUGUACAAGGGCAAAUACCUCACUCCGCAAGAUUUCCUAGACGAUAUCAACAAGAUUGUUUUCAACGCCGCGGCACGUUCAUAUCAGGAUCCUACUGGUGACAGGCUAUAUAGGGCACAAGCUAUGCUGACUGCUGCCGAAGUGAACAUCCAAGACUUCGAUGCUCAGUUUAAGCAUGAGUGUCAACGGAUGGCUGAGCGGGAGCGAAAAAGAAGGGAGGAACACAAGAAGGCGAAAGGGAAGGGCCGGGCCGGAGAGGACGCUCAGAACGGUGCGGCAGCGCCUCGCAGGAGUGCUCGCCACAAUGGCCAGCAACUGGAGAUUACUAUUACGGAUCCGUUACAAUUGGAAAGGCGACUGAAAAGGGCACGCUCUACUGAGCGUCACAGCGGUUCUCCUGAAUCAGGUGACGAUAAGGCAGAAGAACCUAGCACCCCUCGGAGCUCGAAACGUCAGCGGACGAUAACGAGCGACGAUGAUCAUGACCCGAUGGACAUCAUCGGUGCAUCUCGCGCUCAGAAUAGAGCUUCAGCUGUGCGUUUUGCAAAUGACGCUCAGCCGCCUCUUGAAAGCGACGCGUUGCCCGUUUAUGGUGCACCUAUCGUUAUCGACGGUCUGUCAAAUCCAAGUGCGAUGGCUGUCGACUCUCCUUCCCCGCGGAAACCGGCUGGCUUUGACCCUAUGCUCUUAAAUCCGAUGUCUCCUGACGGCGGGUUCCCAGCAACCUUGAUAUCCCACCUCCUCAAUGGUGCAGGACCGUCGACCGUGCCCGCGCAAGAUGGGUGUACUCCUCCUCUUCCUUUGUUGUCCCCAGCGAUCGGAGUCGCGCUUCUAAAUCCAUUAAUGCUGCCGCCGCGCACGCCCUCUCCGCUAGCCACUCGGUCAUUAUCCCCCGCUGCUGACGUUAUACAAGAGCAACCCAUGGUGGUUGUACCCCCGGUCGAAAUAGAAAGAACCCCAACUCCUUUGCCAGACUUCCACGUCGAUGAGCAUCUACUUUCGACUCUUCAGCAUGACUUGUGUUCCAAAACCGCACAGCUCUCCGUUGAGCUUCUCGAACAGCUUCGUGCAGCAGUGCUUGGGUGCAUCUGGAGACGCCGUACUGACUGGGAUCGUGAUGAGCUCAUACGAGAGAUGAAAGACACUCUGAAGGAAUUUUUGGAUGACUUUGCUGCUGGGGGUGAUGUUCCUGACUCGCCUUGA